GUGACGUCACCUCGCUGAGGCGAAGUGUGCUGUGAACUCUGAACACGGGACUCGGUCGAGUAAAAGCGUGUUGAAUUUCCACUGAAUCCGGAUCAAGACGCGAUAAAUGAGGCGAGACUCUUGUGAAUGUUCUCGAAUAUAUUCAUAAUAAGAGCUGAAAUAUGAUGAAUUCAGUGUUUGUGCGGUGAAGAGCUGCUUAGCACAGACAGUAAACAGGAGUAAUUAAAGGCAGUCGUGUGUCAAUCACUCCUCAGGCCCCGCCCCCAUCAUGACAGAGGUCAGUGUGGUAAAGGAAGGUUGGCUCCAUAAACGAGGUGAGUAUAUAAAGACAUGGAGGCCACGAUACUUCAUCCUGAAGAGUGAUGGAUCCUUCAUCGGCUACAAGGACAAACCAGAACUGACCGAUCAGAGUUCAGCGCCGCUCAAUAACUUCUCAGUGGCAGAGUGUCAGCUGAUGAAGACGGAGCGUCCGCGGCCGAACACAUUCAUGAUUCGCUGCCUGCAGUGGACGACCGUCAUUGAACGAACCUUCCACGUGGAGAGCAGCGAAGAGAGGGAGGAGUGGAUGUGUGCAAUCCAGGCAGUGGCCAAUGGGCUGCAGGCACAGGAAGUAGAAGAGCCAAUGGAAAUCAAGUAUGGCUCUCCCAGUGACAUCAGCGGUCUGGAGGACAUGGACGUGUCUCUAUCCAAGUCUCGCUCAAGAGUGACGAUGGGUGACUUUGAUUAUUUAAAGUUGUUGGGUAAAGGCACGUUUGGGAAGGUGAUUUUGGUGCGUGAGAAAGCGUCCCGGAUGUAUUACGCCAUGAAGAUCCUACGCAAGGAUGUGAUCAUCGCAAAGGAUGAGGUGGCACACACAGUCACUGAGAGUCGAGUACUGCAGAACACCAGACAUCCUUUCCUGACGACUCUGAAGUAUUCAUUUCAGACACAUGACCGCUUGUGUUUUGUGAUGGAGUACGCAAACGGUGGAGAGCUGUUUUUUCAUCUGUCUCGUGAGCGAUUGUUCUCUGAGGAUCGAGCUCGAUUCUACAGCGCUGAGAUCGUGUCUGCUCUGGAGUAUCUGCACUCACAGAAUGUCGUCUACAGAGACCUGAAGCUGGAGAAUCUCAUGCUGGAUAAAGAUGGCCAUAUUAAAAUCACAGACUUUGGUCUUUGUAAAGAGGGAAUCACAGAUGAGGCCACCAUGAGAACUUUUUGUGGGACUCCAGAAUAUCUCGCGCCAGAGGUUCUGGAGGAUAACGAUUACGGUCGUGCAGUGGACUGGUGGGGUUUGGGUGUGGUGAUGUAUGAGAUGAUGUGCGGACGACUGCCGUUCUAUAAUCAGGAUCACGAGCGACUGUUUGAGCUCAUCGUCAUGGAGGAAAUCCGUUUCCCAAGAAACCUGUCACCUGAAGCCAAAGCACUGCUCACCGGCCUGCUGAGAAAAGACCCCAAACAGAGGCUCGGAGGUGGUCCUGAUGAUGCCAAAGAGGUGAUGACACACAAGUUCUUCACCUGUAUUAACUGGCAGGAUGUGCUGCAGAAGAAGUUGGUUCCACCCUUUAAACCGCAGGUGACAUCAGAGACAGAUACACGAUACUUUGAUGAUGAGUUCACAGCACAAACCAUCACUGUUACACCUCCAGACAAACUGCACAGUCAGGACGUGGAUGACCCUGCACAGUGUGCACACUUCCCUCAGUUCUCUUAUUCUGCCAGUAUUCGAGAGUGACACCGUGUUUAAUCCGGUUUCACUCUCACUGCACAUUCACACUGAGAGAACAUCCGCUCUGAAAACGGAUACAGCCUAUUGGCAACCAUCCCAUUAUCCUCAUCAUCACCAUGGAAACCAGCACCUUUGAGCGCAGCAGCGUCAGGCACAUGUACGGCAUAUCUUUAUUGCACUCAGAGUGAAACACAUAAUGAAUCUGGUGUGUUGGAGGUGUCCAGAGGUCACAGCACUUUAUUGAAUGUAUUGAUCGAUUAAAGCCUUAUUCUUUUAAUAAUGCCUCAUAUCAGAUACAUUGGAGAAUGUAAAGCCUCAUGAGGCCACACAGUCACUUACUGUAUCGAGUGGCAUUAUGGUCGACUCAGUGUCAGUCAUAUUGUAUUGUAUUGAAUGGCAUACAUCUGGAUUGUUUGUUUCAAUGUUGAACUGCACAUGAUUUAAGGCAAUCAUAUUCAUAAACACAGCACAACAACUCAUAAAGUUACGCAAAACAACACUAUGUUUCAUGACUAGAGCUGCAACAAUUUACAAACAUUAAAGACUUUCAGCUGAGCUUCAGUUCUAAUGGGAUCAUUGAAAAUUCACCUGAUGUGAGUCAGUCACUGUCUACCCAGAUUAUCUGUUUUUGUAACAUCUGAUUGGCUUUACAUUUUGUAAACACACUGUCGACACGCAAGACAACCAUUGAAGAAUAAUGUUCAGACUUGCACAUGUGUUCGAGAUGUUUCUCCUGUUAAACUGGAAGUCAACCAGUCAUGUUCAGUUUUGUACAGUCCCACAAUCCUUUACUGUGGUAUAAUGGGUCACAUGACAUCAUCAUUAUAAUUUAGAUUUCAAUGAAAUGUAAACUGCAAAAAGGAACUAACACAUCCUGGUGAUGGAUGUAAAAUGAAACCAUCUUAUGGGAAAAAAAUAAAAACAUGGUCAUAAUCAGA